AGAAAAGCGGGGUAGCGGUGGUAUUGUUUCCGGUACUGAGGGAAGGCCCACCGGAACUUAGUAAAGGAGUUAGGAGCAGAGAACAGAGGCCUUCGGAGUAUAAGUACUCAGGUUCAUUCCCGCCCUUCAGUCCGAAUUCUCUCCAGUCUUCAUCAGAAAGAAAAACCAAGUUCUUAUCGGUAGCAGAGCCCUUAAAGAUUAUUGA